GUUCAAGAUAGAAAAAAUAAAGAAUUCCAAAAGAGUCACCUGUCUGAUACAGACAACACUCAUAAAUCAACUCUGGAAAUCCCAGGUGGGAAGGAGAAAGAAGAACAUACAAAAAGCUCAGAGGAUGCCUUUGGACAUCCUGCCAGUGAGAUGAGGAUAGGGGAGCUUCGUCCUUCCAUGCCAGAGACUCCGUUGUACCCACCCAAACUUGUUCUUCUGGGUAAAGAGAAGAAAGAGUCGACCGAUGAGUCGGAAGCAGAUAAGAUCCAUUGUCUGAAUAACAGCGUUUCCUCAGGCACUUACUCAGACUAUUCCCCUUCCCAGGCUUCCUCGGGGUCCUCCAACGCGCAUGUUAAAAUGGGGUCCUUGCAGACAACGGCUAAAGAAGCAGUGAAUAACUCUUUGUGGGGGAACAGGUUGGCACAAUCAUUUCCACAACCCCUUGAAACAAAGCCAUUGUUGAGCCAACGGGAAUCGGCCCCGGCGGGAAGCCUCCCCCAGCGCCCGGACAGGCGCCCGCUCAGCGACACCUUCGCCGACAGCUGGAACGACGGCUCGCACUACGAUAACACGGGCUUCGUGGCCGAGGAGAGCGCGGCUGAGAAUCCGAGUGCCAACGCCCUCCUGAGCACCAAAACCAGAAGCACAUCCGCACACGGCCGCAGGCCCUUGAUUAGACAAGACAGGAUAGUUGGCAUUCCCCUGGAGCUGGAGCAGCCGACGCUCAGAAACACACACGAAUCUGAAGUGCCUCCUCCCAAUCCUUGGCAAAAUUGGACCAGAACCCCUAGUCCUUUUGAAGACAGGACAGCUUUUCCUUCCAAACUAGAAAGCACCCCCACCACCAGCCCUUUGCCUGAGCGGAAAGAUCAUGUCAAAGAUUCUCCUGAAAUGACUAGCACUUUCGCUCCAGGAAUAGCCUGGGAAUAUCAUGAUUCGAAUGCUAACAGAAGUCUCACAAACGUGUUUUCCCAUCUCCACUGUCGCCCAGAUCCUUCCAAAAACGUGAUUUCAAUCAGCAAGAGUACAGAACGGCUUUCUCCCAUGAUGAGGGAUUUAAAAACUAACAAAUUUAAGAAGUCGCAGAGUAUCGAUGAGAUAGACAUUGGUACCUACAAAGUGUAUAAUAUACCCUUAGAAAACUAUGCAUCUGGUAAUGAUACUGUAGGAACCCACGAGAGGGUGGACAAGCUCCUGGGUCCGGAGCACGGCAUGCUGAGCAUGUCCCGCAGCCAGUCGGUCCCCAUGCUGGACGACGAGCUGCUGACCUAUGGCAGCGUCAAGGUGCAGCCGCAGCAGAAGUCAUCGGUCACCAAGAAAGUCUACCAGUUCGACCAAAGCUUCAACCCGCAGGGAGCAGUGGAGGUCACAGCGGAGAAGAGGCUACCGCCGCCUUUCCAACUCAACCCCGAGUACAUUCCCCAACAGAGUAAAAACCUGCCCCAGGAUCUGGUCAGUCCGAGGGCUUACCACGGCUACCCGCCCGUGGAGCACAUGUUCUCCUUCUCCCAACCUUCGGUGAACGAGGAGGCCAUCAGUGCCUCCUUUGCGAGCCAGGGCUCUCGGCCAGGGUUCUUGAGGAGAGCAGAUUCAUUGGCCAGCUCCACCGAGAUGUCCAUGUUCAGGAGAGUCAGUGAGCCCCACGAGCUGCCCCCGAGCAGUAGGUAUGGCAGACCUCCCUACCGAGGAGCUGUGGAGCGACAAAGCAGCAUCUCGGUCUCUGAGUCUCAGUUCCUCAAGAGGAACGGCAGGUACGAAGACGAACAUCCAUCCUACCAAGAAGUGAAAGCCCAGACUGGAAGCUUUCCAGUUAAAAACCUUACACAAAGGAGGCCGUUGUCUGCAAGAAGCUACAGUACAGAGAGUUACGGCACAUCCCAAACCAGGCCGGUUUCAGCGAGGCCAACAAUGGCAGCUCUGCUGGAAAAGAUACCGUCAGACUAUAACUUGGGUAACUAUGGCGACAAGCCUUCCGAUAACAGUGAUAUAAAGACAAGGCCUACCCCUGUGAAGGGAAAUGAGAGCUGUGCUAAAAUGCCCGCUGACUGGAGACAACAGCUACUUAGACAUAUAGAAGCUAGAAGGUUAGACAGGACCGCUGCUUACAAACACAACACAGUUAGCCUUGGCAUGCUGCACUCUGGAGGGUUUUCAGCAAUGCAUGCCGGCAGAAGCAUGACUUUAAACUUGCAGACUAAAUCUAAAUUUGAAAACCAAAUGCUUCAAGAGCUACCUCUACCGAAAACCCCAUCGCAGCAGAGCAGCAUUCUGGACAACGGGCAGGAGGAGGUGUCCGUCAGCAGCCAGUGGAACCCCUACCCGCUGGGACGGCGGGACGUGCCACCAGACACCGUCACCAAGAAGCUUCCUGAAUUUCUGCCUAACGGGUUACGUUACCCACAGGCAGGUAGCCAUAUCCAGACUUUAAUGGGAUCGCAAAGCCUUCAGCACCGGAGCCGGGAGCAGCCGUACGAAGGGAACAUGAACAUGAACAAAGUCACCAUUCAGCAGUUCCAGCCGCCGCUGCCCAUUCAGAUUCCCUCGUCGCAGAGCUCUCGGGCACCUCAGACAGGGCGAUGUCUGAUCCAAACCAAGGGCCAGCGAAGCGCGGAUGCGUACCAGGAGCAG